CUAUCCAACCAAGUCAGCUUUGUGUGAAUUCUGCUGUCUACAUUUGGACGUGAAAUAACAACAAUGCAAUAUAUACAUUUUAUUUAUUUUUUACAUUUUAUUUUGUAGUAUCUUAUUGUAUUUAGUAUACUGUAUUUUAAAACACAAUGUUAAAGCAACAUUUUUAUCAUGAAUAAAUAAAUAAAAUAAACAAUGACGAUAUAGUUAACAGCGUCACCGCGCGAUAUUGGCGCGAAAAUAAAAGCCAGAGAAUUUUGAACUUGAUCGCUCCUGAGGUGAGUAAACUUUCUUUUCACCCACUACAUAAAACGCUUAAAUGUGUUAAGAAUGGUUGUGUAAUCAUAUAUACGAACAACACAAAUAUAAAUGUUCCAAAAUAAGUACAAAUUACAGUAACGAGAGCCAAGCGGCGAGCGAACGUUACUUUUUUGUAUGGUUAAAUCAGCAUAUGUGCUUCGACACGUUUAUAACAAUAAGCUAUUAAAGUUAAACUAAGUAUAUUUUAACGUAAAUGUGUCGAAUUUGUCCUCCUAGUCAAUGUUUGUGUGCUACAGUAUCUACAUAUAGCCACUAGAGGGCACAAAAGCCAAUAUUGACUGGAAAAGAAUUAUUUCAGCUCUAAAUCGAAUAGAUUAUUAUUGUUGCAGGAUGCUUGAUAAUAUUUAUUUUAUUCUUUUAAGAUAUGUUAGAUGUAUCUGUGAAAUGAAACAAAAAGUUGAAAAGUGUAUGUUGUAAAAAACCAACAUUCUCACAUUUUUUAUUGUUAGAAUUUUAUAUUUACGAUACACAUAUUUAGCAUUAAUAAUAUGCCACUGCUUUAGCACAUUUGACUUAUUUUAGAUUUCUUAUUAAAGCUUUUGUCUUGCUAUUUUCUGAAGCUCUGUGAAGGCGGGCAGAUGUUUUGCAGCAGUACUGAAGAGGUGACCCCGGGUUCCAGCUCUGAGGCUGGGCUGAGCAGCAGCACUCUAACCCCAUAUAACCUGAUUAACUACAGACAUGUAACCCGUAGACAGCAGGAUCCUGCGUCAUCCUCUGGCCUCCUGACUUCACACAGGUCUGAUGAUCCGGGAUCAAACACUGCCGCUGAUACUGGUGCUCAGACAGCUGUGUUCACAGACACAACACCAAUUAGAGCUCAGCGUCAGAUAAACAUCAGCGGAAGAGCAGACAGGAUCAGCUCUUCUGUGGGAUCAUCUGUCCACUCCUGGAGCUCCAGCACUCCACAUGUGAGGCCCACGCCUGCGCUCUCACUCCACGGCCGGACCCCUCAGAAAGACCUCAACAUGACAGCAUCUUCAUCCGCUCCUGCGUCUUCAUCUGCGUCUCACGCGUCCUCUGUGAUAGUGGCUGUGGUGGAGGGACGUGGUUUAGCUCGUGGGGAGAUCGGCAUGGCCAGUGUCAAUGUGAGAUGCCCAGAGCUGAUGCUCUCACAGUUCGCAGACACCGGAACAUACGCUAAGGUCAUUACCAAGCUUCAUAACCUGAUGCCUCUGGAGAUUCUGAUGCCAGACACUGCUAGUGUGAGAGGACAAGGAACCAAACUCUACACCCUCAUCACAGAAACCUUCCCGUCGGUCACAUUCACUGCCGUUCAGAGGAAGUACUUCAAUGAGAAGAAGGGUCUGGAGUACAUACAGCAGCUCUGCGUCCCUGAGUUCAGCACUGUCCUGAUGGAGGUGCAGACCAAAUACUACUGCCUGGCUUCUGCAUCUGCCCUGCUAAAAUACUUUGAGUUUGUUCAGAACUCAAUAUAUGCUCCUAAGUCACUGAAAAUGAUCUUUACCGGCAGUGAGCAGACAGCCAUGAUUGAUGCAAUAUCAGCCAGCAACUUGGAGCUAGUAGUGAACCACAGAGAUCACAGAAGUAAAAACACUCUGUUUGGGGUCUUGAACUACACUAAGACCGCUGGUGGGGAACGCCGGUUACGAUCUAAUAUUCUUGAGCCACUGCUGGAUGUGGUCACUAUCAACUCACGUCUGGACACCGUACAGGAGCUGCUGCAAAAUGAGGAGCUCUUCUUUGGUCUGACGAAUGCCAUUGCACACUUUCUGGAUAUAGAUGAUCUGCUUUCUGCUCUUGUUCAGGUCCCAAAGCAAGAGACGAUACCGGUGGCUGAAGCAAAAAUAAUGCAAGUAAUUCAGCUGAAACAUACUCUGGAACUCGUCCCAUCAUUGACGGCAAUGUUGUCACAUUCCAAAACAGCCUUGUUGAAAGCAUAUUACACCUCACUUGAUGACAGCAGGUUCAACAGCAUUCUGGAUCAGAUCAAAUCACUGAUUAACGACGACACCAGCUACAUGAAAGGCAGCCUGACCAUGCGCACUCAGAAGUGCUAUGCUGUGCGGCCCAACGUCAGCGAAUUCUUAGAUAUUGCACGGCGAGCCUACACAGAAGUGGUGGAUGACAUAGCAGGAUUGGUGGCUCAGCUUGGGGAGAAGCACAGCCUACCCCUCCGGACGAGUUUCAGCAGCACACGUGGCUUCUUUAUUCAGAUGAAGCUGGAGCGUGGGGUCUUACCUGGGGGGAAGUUGCCGGAGGAGUUCAUCAAAGUGACCAGGCAGAAGAACAACUAUGGGUUCACCACUGUAGACCUCAUGAAAAUGAAUGACCACUGUGAGGAGGCUUUGAAAGACAUUUUUCACAUGUCUUAUGUGGUGGUGUCUAGGUUACUGAGUGACAUCUGUGAGCACAUCCACUGCCUGUACAAACUGUCUGAUGCUGUGUCAAUGCUGGACAUGCUGCUCUCUUUGGCUCACUCUUGCACUGUCUCAGAUUACGUGCGUCCUGAAUUCACUGAUACGUUGGCAAUAAAGCAGUGUCGCCACCCAAUUUUGGAGCGGAUUUCUGGGCAACAACCAAUCUCCAAUGACAUCUACAUCUCUGAGGGAAGCAAUUUUGUGAUCAUAACAGGCCCCAACAUGAGCGGCAAGUCCACCUACCUUAAACAGGUGGCCCUCUGCCAGAUAAUGGCUCAGAUAGGGUCCUUUCUCCCGGUCGAGUACGCUUCUGUUCGAAUUGCAGAUCAGAUAUUUACCAGAAUAGGAGUAGACGAUGACUUUGAGACCAACUCCUCCACAUUUAUGGUUGAGAUGAAAGAGGUUUCUUACAUAAUCCACAACGCAAGCGCCAAGUCACUCAUCAUUAUUGAUGAGUUGGGACGAGGUACCAGUCCAGAGGAAGGCAUUGGCAUCUGCCACAGUGUCUGUGAAUUCCUCAUCAGUCUUAAGGCAUUCACACUCUUUGCCACGCACUUUCUUGAGCUCUGCCAGCUGCAAACUCUCUACCCCAAUGUGGAGAACCAGCACAUGCAGGUUCAGCACGUCCGAACCGAAGGUGGCAGAGACAGGGUUGUCUACACAUACCAGCUCAGCCGAGGCCAAUCAGAGGAGCGCAACUAUGGUAUAAGAGCAGCAGAGAUGACCAAUUUCCCAUCAGAAAUUAUUCAGGAAGCCAAAACCGUGGCGGCUAAAAUCAGCCAAAAGCUGUGGGCCAAGCAUUACAGUGACCCUGACACGGUCAAACAGAGGGCAGUCUAUCGUCUAGCCACCAGACUGCUGCAGACGGCCCGUAACUCACGGCUGGAUCCAGGGAGCCUGCGCCAGUACCUGAAGGGCUUGAAGAGACAGUAUGAGGCUGAACUUCAAAGUGCUACAGAGUCGGUAGAGAACGAGGAAUAAGGAACGCUAUGGGGUUGGAAUAUAAAGGGAUGGAUUUCACCUGAAAAACUGACAAAAUACACUUAUUGAACUAAGCCAGGGAGAUUACUAAUGUAGACCAUACACCGUUUUUUUUUAUUAUUAUAAAAGUCAAUUAUUAUCAUUUAUUGUUUAAUUUAGUGAAAACCACACUUUAUAAGGUUCAUGUGUUAUACAUUUUUUAGAAACUAUACUAAAUAAACAUAUGGGAUGAUAAAGUAUCAGUGUUUUUAAUGCAAUUUUUCACAGUCUCACAAUCAGCCAGCUAAACUGCGCAUGAAGAGGUCUAUAUGAAAUAGUGCCGUUGAGUUUCACAGACAAGGUUUAAGCCUAGUCCUAGACUAAAACCUAAGUCUGAUCUGUUUCAACUGAAGGAAACUUGCACUGAUUGAUCUUAAAAUAUAUCAGUGCUUUUGUUUUGCCACAAGAUGCACACCAGUAAUGUAAAAUUUACUUAAAUGUCCUAAUUGAACUAUGGCUUAAGCCCUGUGUGUGAAACCGGGUCUUUGAGUUGUUGUAUUUGUGGACUGUAUAAGAAACAACAUACAAAUAUGAAAGAGUGCUGAUGCUCUAAAACCUCAGGCUGAUAUUUGGAACAACAACACGAGUAAUCUUUCAGAGUGAGUCACUGAUUCAUUUCACCCAUCCAACUGCUUGAGAACACUCAUUAAUUUAAGUACAAUACAUGUUUAUAGACGAUUCAUUCAAUCAUGUAUAAUUUGUUUAGAACUGACUCUGAAUGUUUCAUUAAGGUUUUCUGAGUCAGUGAUUCUAUGACUCUUAAUACAGCAUCUACAGCCAUAACAACGUAGCCUGCAGAAAGUCAUCAGUUGCACUUCACGUCUAAUGCACAGACUAUCUGGAAGACUCACGGAUAAACGGAGAGGCACAAACUCAAGAUCUAAACGAGGCAAGAACACAACCCAUCUUGUACUAUGAAGGUCAAAUCACGUGUUAUAUUUUACUAGAGACUGAAUGAGUUCUGUCAGUAUCAGUAUUACUAGCAGCUGUCAGUCUAGCUCGCUAGGCCAGAGAGACCUGAACAGGCAGAUUCACCCUUUUAUUUUUAGAGUAGAUUCAUAUCCGCACUUAAGCCUUCUUUGAUAGGUGGAUUUCUAAGUCUUUUAAAUGACCAAAAUAAUCUAAUCUACUACAUCUGGAUGAUUGCUCAUACUUUUUUUUCCUGGUAAAAGGCCUUUUAGUUUAAUUAUAAAAAUUUCCACAUUCAAGCUGUAGUGCAUUUGUCUUUUUUUCCUGUGAAAUCUGUACUGAUUUUUAUCGAGUUAAUAAAAUAAUGACCUUUAUACUGUUAUUAAUAGUGCAAUAUGAACAUUCAAUAGACUGAAGCUAUUUAGCUUUAUCUUAUUAUUUUUAUCAGGUUAAAAUUAGCAUUUAUGUAUGCACCAAAUUAUUACUACUGGCAGCACAAUAAUAAUUAUAAAGUACCUUUUAUCAUAAAC